CACGCAACACAACUUUCGGCGCAUAACUGUAUAUAACAACAACCGUUUAUCGUUAAAUCAAAAAUUUUCCACUCUUUCCCGGAAUUCAGAGCUUCCUGGUUCUACCCAUCUUAAACAGUUAAAGGAAAUAGGAGUUGAAGAGUUUUUUUUAACGGUGAUGGAUCAGAUUGAUGAUCCCUUUCGUAAACAAAUAGCAAAACUUUUGAGAGUUUUGAAUUUAACAACAUGCUUGAGAGAAGACAAGAUUCCUUGUGAAAUUGAACCGGGUCUCUUCUUGGGUUCUAUUGGAGCAGCUAGUAACAAAGAUGCACUGAAAAGCAGGAAUAUCACACACAUCUUAACUGUGGCUAAUUCGUUGUCUCCUGCACAUCCACGUGAUUUUGCGUAUAAAGUUGUUGGAGUUAGUGACAAAGAAGAUACAAAUUUAUCCCAAUACUUUGAUGAGUGUAUCGAUUUUAUUGACGAAGCUAAAAGAAAGGGUGGUGGUGUGUUGGUUCAUUGCUUUGUGGGAAGAUCCAGAAGUGUAACUAUAGUUGUAGCUUAUCUCAUGAAAAAGCAUGGCAUGAGUCUAUCCCAAGCUCUGGAACAUGUUAAAAGCAGACGGCCUCGGGCUGCACCAAAUGCUGGUUUUAUUUUACAGCUGCAGGAGUUUGAGAAAUGUCUUCAAGAAAGAAGAGAACCAGAUGACUUUUCUUAUUGGCUAUGGAUUAACUUGGAUUAGGGAUCUGAUAGCAGCAAUGCGG